UCCCUUCAACUUCGAUCCUUAUCCUUCUUCUCUUUCUUCUAAUCCUUUCCUUUUCUCUCCAUCGAAUCUCUCCCAAAAUGUUAACCAUUUAUUCUUGAUAUCUAUCUCCACUGAAUUAAUUCUCUCUUCCUCGAUUCCUUUCUCAAUUCCUCAAUUGCGGAAUCUAGGGUUUUAAUUCGUUGUGCUGAAAAAGCUUCUUUGAUUGGAUAAAGCGGCUUUUGAUCUGAGAUAUUUGGAACCAUGAGUUUUGUUUUUCGGGGGAGCAGAGGAGAAAUCGAGAGCGGGAUCCCAGAGUUUAUCCCUGGGAGGCGCACUGUACGUUGGCAUCCCGGAGCUCGGCCUGUUAAUUCUAACUCGCUGACUUUUCUUGUGGCUGUCCUGUUGCUGUUUAUGAUACUGAACUCGAAUCAAAUGUCACCCAACUUUUUGCUGUGGUUAGCAUUGGGUGUAUUUUUAAUGGCUACGAGCCUUCGAAUGUAUGCUACAUGCCAGCAACUUCAGGCCCAAGCUCAAGCUCAUGCUGCUGCGGCUAGUGGGUUGCUCGGGCAUACUGAAUUGCGGCUGCACAUGCCGCCAUCCAUAGCUUUUGCAACGAGAGGCCGACUGCAAGGGCUUAGGCUGCAGCUUGCUCUUCUUGAUCGGGAGUUUGAUGAUUUAGAUUAUGAUACAUUAAGAGCAUUAGACUCUGAUAAUAAUCCAGAUGCUCCUUCUAUGAGCGAGGAAGAGAUUAACGCCCUUCCUGUUCAUAUAUACAAAUCUCAAUCAAAUCAAGGCUCCGCGUCUGGACCGAAAUUUAAUGGAUCAUCAUUGCAGCAAGCAUCAUCGUCCUCUGGUGUAGUUACUGAGAAGAAGCAAGACAAUGUCAAAUCAGAGGAAAAUACAAAAGCUCUAGGUGAUGAGCUGACAUGCAGUGUUUGCUUGGAACAAGUCAAUGUGGGUGAGUUAGUAAGAAGCUUGCCAUGCUUCCAUCAGUUCCACUGCAACUGUAUAGAUCCUUGGUUGCGGCAACAAGGAACAUGCCCUAUCUACAAAUAUAGAGUGAGUUCUGGAUGGCAGGAAACCGGUGAAGGGGAACUCGAUGCCUCCUACAUGGUUUGAAGAAAAAAAAAAUAACCUUGCUCUUAGGAAUGUCGAUAUCGAUUCCUUCUUAUACCUCAUAAACUGUACUUGACAUAUACAAAGAAACUUCCGCUGUUGACAUCAAUGAACUCAACAUUGCAUUGACUUUAUCUUCUUUUCAUCAAAGAUUUUGAAGGCCUAGUCCAGUCAAUUGUUUGUUGAUGUUU